UUGAAGCUUUAAAGCUUCGUAUGCAAAGGGAAGAAUUAAAUAAAAGUUUUAUGAAAUGGAAGCACAAAUCAAUAAGUAAUCAUCAAUUAUUUAUCAUUGAGCAGCUUUUUAGUAAUGUUAAUAAUGUAAUUCAAAAGUACUUCACACCACGAAUUGCUGAAGAAAUUAACAAACAAAUGUGUGAAUUGGUACUAUACAAAUGUGAAAAGUUGGAUAUUGAUCAUGCUCUUGAAGAUCAAUUAUAUUCAGAUGAAAAUGAACUAAUUAAUAGCAUUAUUAUAACAUUCAAGAAGUUUAGGUCCGAAACUGUCUACAAAAAAAAAAUGGAUUAUGGUCGUUUAAUGGGUCAUUUUAAGAAAGCAUUAAGCUACUCAAUGGAAGAUGAUGAUCAAAAUACUUUGGAUGAACUUAUCUUAGACUACAUUGCUAAAAAAGAAGAAAUUCGAAAUGUUCAAACUCAACUA